AUGAUUUUGGAUACUCAAUAUAUCCCUGUAAAUACAACUACAUCAACAUCAUCUACAACAAAUACAACAAGUACAACAAUCAAUGAUAAAAGUGAUGUUGAACAUAGUAAUGAUGAUGUAGUAACUGUACCAAAGAUGUCACCUCCUAUUACACAAUCUAUUCAACAACAACAUGAUCAACAUGAUGAUGAUCUAGAUGAUCAUCAAAGAAUGAUAAGCUUUGAGAAACAAGAGUUAAAGGAAUCAUUAGAACUGCGAUCCAAAGCUGCCAUUAGGCUACUUGAACAAAAGUCACGUCUAAAGGUAUCAGAAGCUUGUCAAGAAUUGUAUAAUUAUAUUAGUAGUAUUGAAGAACCUUUGGCAACUGAUUCACAGAGCAAUCCAUAUCGUAAACAGUUCAAUGCCAAUAAGGUGGUGGAUAAGAAUCAACAGAGAUAUAUUGAUGAGAUGAUGUCAAGACAGGUAUAUAAUGAGAUUGUUGCUUAUGGAUUGGGCGAAUCAAGAUUGGACUCUGUAUUGGUUGGCAUCAAAAAGUCAUGUGGAGUCAACGACACUGAUCGUCUAAACUAUGGCACACUAUUCCAAGACAUCGCCGUCAAUGUUCUAAGAUUAAUAUCAUCAUACAUGACAAGUGAUCAUGCUCACAAUAUUCAACAUGUUCAAGGUCAACAACAUGGUAAUCAACAUGGUCAAAGUCAACAAGAUAUAUUACAACAAAAGGAGUCGAUUAGUAGUAUUAUGACCAACAUUAGUUCAAGUAGUACUAAUGGUAGUAGUACUCAGGAGACAGUUCCACAGAGACUAUGCGAUGCAAGGACAAUGGAGAUUAUAUCAAAGUUGUUAAAGACCAAGAUUGAUGCAUACAACUCAAGACCAUUACUCGCACAUCAACUUGCAGAACUACGAAGUGUCUGGUCCAACACCUCCAUACAAUCAUGUUUCAAACUCAACAAAGCAAGGUUACCCAAGUCCUACCAAAUAGCCAUUGACAAGUACUCAGUGAUGGAUAGAGUGUUUGGAAUUGAACCGAGGAAGUUGGAUGAUAGUGAAAUAUUACAAUUGAUUGAUUAUCCAUUGAGCAAGAUACCAGAGUAUUUAAUAUCAAAUGAUAUACGUAUAACAGAUGUAUCCGAUAUCAUUGUGGAGAAGAUGGAUCAACAUUGGAUGAAAGUAUUCUGUGAUGUCAAGGUAUUCAUAUGGUGUUGCUCAUUGGCAACAUUCGACGAGACUGUAGUCACUCCAGUCUUCAUCCCAGCAUCAGCCGCAACUCCAACUCAACAUCGUCGAGUACUACAUCGAUCAGUCAGUGGAUACUUCUUCAAUCAUCACGAGUCCGAUUAUAAGCCAUCAAAGGUUAAUAGUUUGUCACAGAGUAUCCAGGUGUUUAGGACAUUGUCUAAACAUACAAGUUCACCAGCUAUUAUAUUCUUUACAGAGAAGGAGAGAUUCGCAGAGAAGUUGAGGAAUGGUGCAAACUUUAAACAACACUUCUCAGAUUAUAAUGGUGGAAACAAGGAUAUUGCAGCCAUUGUCGACUUUGUCAAGAAGCAAUUCAAUCCUCCACAAGACUCCUACCAAGCCACAUUCCACCUCUCAAACUUUGAUGGUAAAGACGACUGCAAGGUCAUCACUACCGUGUUGCUAAACAUUGCCACACAGAAUGUAGUCGAU